AUGGCGGAGAACAAGCGCCAGAGUGCUGGAGUGAAGGCACCCGCGCAGGGAUCAUCUAAUAACGCAACGGGCCCCGGUAUGGCGGCGGCUAUGGUGCCCUUGGAGGCAGCGUUGAGCGGCGCGAUCGGUGCCCGUAUCCGGGUCUCAACCACACCGCCGACUGUCUCGACCUUCGAGGGAACGCUGUUCACAGCAUGCCCCAUCACCAAUCUUGUCGCCAUCAACACAUCCCCUUCUCUACCCUCCAGGGAUCCCAAGCAGGCGCAGAAUGGUGACUAUCGUGUCAUCCCCGUCUCGCGCAUACAGUCUUUCCAGCUCCUCGCUCUCGGCCCUUCCGCCGAGGCACCCUCGUUCACCGAUGCGCAGCCCACGAUCCAGGCGCUCGAUACCCGUACGCUGAAGACACGCGAGGCAAAGGCCAUCGGUGAGGCGCAUGACCGUGAAGCACGACGUGGUAAGGGCGUCACUCGUGAAGCCCAGGAUAUUUUCGAUGCGUUCAGUCGGACCAUGCCCGCGCGAUGGGCUGGGUCCAACAUUGUGGUCGCCGAUGCGGUCACUAUUGCUUCUCCCUACCGAAUCGAUGACUGCCGGCCACUGGUAGAAGGAGAUACAGCGGCGCUCAACCGAGUGCGCAAGGUGCUCGAGAUGGAGCGCAAGAAGAUUGAACUCCGCAAUGCUAGUGCUACUAUUGGAUCUACUGGCGCCUUCGCUCGCAACGCUGGUCCCGCGCAGACGGCCGCCAACAUCCCCAGCGACCAGCGCAAAGGCGGUUAG